AUGAUUGGUGAUGAAUUAUAUGAAUCACCUCAAUUCAGCAACUAAAGAAAUAAUUUAGACAUCUCACCUAAUUCUUAGAUGAGCCAUUAAAUUAUUAGCGAUUCAGAGGCUGCUGUAAAUAAUUAAACUCAGUUUUCUCAUUAUACAAUUAAAGAGUUUUCUCUAAAUGGAUCUCCUAACAAACAGUAGCAAAUAAUGCAAUCUUUUAGCAAUAAUGGGUUUGAUAAAAAAAUAGGAAAUACUUAAAUGUCAGUAAUUUUAGAAGAGUAGUAAAAAUCAUGUGCCUUUAGCUAAGUUGUUAUAUCAAAAUAAAAUAUAGAUGAUAGUUAUUCAUCGUAAAAUUAGCUUACAAGUAAGUAGAAUAGCGCUAUACUUGGAUACAAUUAUAAAGAAAAUGUCCCAAGUAAACCUAAAAUAUUACAUGAAUUCUAAGAUAACACUUUUAUACAGAACUUAAAUCCUGUCCAAGAUAGGAAAAUUGCAGCUAAACAAAUCAUUCUGGGACCUUCCCUUCAGAUUAAUGAUAAUAACAGCAAAAUUUAUUUGUCUAACGAUCAAAAAAGGUAAACCUAACUUUAGGCUCUAAUGAAAUCUAAUUAAGAAUCUUCUGUUUAGCUUUAGGAGGUAAGUAUAUUAAAAGGAACGCCAAAGUAAAGUUGUGUUGAAUUAACAGAUUAAAAUAAUACAAAACCUCUCUCAAAUAUUUCAUUUUACAAGGAAUAAGGUAAUGAAGACGAAUGCGUUUAUUAGAUUUCUAAUUAUUCUUUCACACCAAAAAGCUUACAUAAAUAAUAAUAAUAGCAUCAUGCUUUAGCAAAUUAUCCAGAUUAAUUUUCAGCAAGUUAAAAAUUUACUAAGAAUUAAAAAGAUACUUUCGCAGGAAUUACAUCUGUUUCUGCCUCUUUUCACAAAGGUUUUUAAAAUAACAUAGAUUAUAAAUAACGAAAUAAUAAUUAGCAAUAAGAUAUACACUAAAGUAACCCAUCUCUGAUUUUAAACAAUCAAAAUUAUAAAAUUCAAGAAAGUAGUGAGAAUUUGACUAAUUAAGAUAGUUAGCAGAUGCUUGAUAAUGGAGGUAGAUUGAUUGAAAAGUAGUAAAUUUAAGAAUUUUUGAAUUCUAAGACUUUGAAGAACCUAAAAAAAUCAUUAGGUUAGAAUUCUAGAUAAAAGAGAUAAAAAAGAAGCUUAAAUCAAAGUAGUAAUUAGGAUAAGAGUUAAAAUAAUGUCCACUAGUAUAUCAAUUCGUAGAAUACUAAAGAAACUAUUACUGAUUAUUUUAAAAUGACAAAUGCAUAGGUAGAUUAGUCACUACCCUCUUUCGAUUAGUAUCUUAGCAACUUUAAAUCACAGUAUGAUAAAAAUAUUAAGAGAAGACUGAAGAGCUCAAUAAACAGAAAAAGCUACGAUAUCCCUUAAUAGAAUUCUAAAGGAUUUUCUUCUUACUAUUCAAAAGAAGACUCUACUUUUAUAUUAAGAGAGAAUACAGCUCAUACUCCUCAAAGUACAACAAAUAAAUAAAUCAAACUUCUAAAAUCUACUGCAGGCGGUUAUAUUAUGCCAGAAUAGCAGACAGAAGAUGGGUCUAACUUUUAAUUAUUUAUAAAUUAGUAACUUUAGUAAUAGUAAUAAAGAACACCUCAGUUGAUAGAAAUAGAACCUAAGCUAGAUGCUGAAGUAUAAAGAGAUGCUUCAACCAUUAUAAGAUCAAUAUAAAAUAAAAUUCCACCAACCUCAAUAAGUUCUUCAUCAAACGACACAUCCCAUUUGAUUAGAGAUAUUAAUAAUUAAUUGAUUUCAAUACGGAAUGGCAAACAUACCAAACCAUAAAAUAAACAAUAGAAAUGCUUAACAGAAUACUCUGAAUCAGAAACUUCUAGCAGUCUUAACAAUACUUAAAACCUCAAAAAUCAAUCAUCAAAUGCUAGGAUAUAAGAAAAUAUAAAAGAACUACAAAAAUUAAGCACCAUUCACUAGGAAGACACUAAAUAUGAGCUCAACUCUCCCUCAAAAGCAGAGGAAAUGAAUGAUUUCACUUUUGCUUAGAAAACAAAAAAAGGAAAGAGUAAAUUAUAUGAAAUGGAUUUAAACAAUAUAAAAAUAAAUCUUGAUUUCAACAUGACUAACAGUUUAAGUAAUUAUGUCAAUUAAAGACUUCCUUCAUCAAACAAUAAAAUCAAAAAUAUUCAGAACAAAAUCUCAAGCAACCUAAAUUAACCAAAUAUGACAGUUGGUAAUUUUCACUCAAAUAAUUAGUCUACUAGCAGGGAUUUUUAAAGUUCAUAUGCAAGCGGAUUUUAAAUUUCUAAUGGAAAUGAUAGAAAUGUUUCUAAAAAUUCUUCACAAGUAACAACUAUGCAAUUUACCAAUGGGACCUCAACCAAUACUACAGCAACAAAAUAAACAUUUCAAAGUCCUGUAAAAGCUCUAAUCCCCAUUUAGAAUGAAAAGAGCCAUUUAGUUUACAGUUUAUAAGAUAAUAAUUUUAUAGAAAAUAUAAAUUCUACAUGUAAAGAUAGAAAUAGGUUUAAUUUCUAGCAAAACACUAAGAAAUUUCAGACUCCUAAACAAAUAGAUUUAUCUAACAUAGUGUCAAACUAAAGUAGCAAAACACCUUCUGCAAAGACCAACUAUAAAAUAAAAGAUGCGACUAAUGUAUAUGUAAAUAAACAGUCAGAUCCAAAUGAAUUCUUUGAAAAAAACAAGAUUUAAUUGUAAAAAAGAAAUGCUAAAACUCCUAUAAAAUAAAAGUGCAAUAGAAAUGAUAAUCUCCUAAAAAUAUAUUAUAACUAAAACUCUCCUGAAAAUAUGCUAUCUGGUUUCAAUGAAAAGAGUAACAAAAUAUCAGAUUAAGUAAAAAUGAUUGGUAUAAACACUCCAAUAAAUGUAAAUAAUGGAGACAUUGCUUAAUCCUUUAAAAUAUAAAGAAAUCUUGAAAAACAGUACAUUAAUUAAAAUUUUUAACUUCGCCCAAACCUGUUUAAAGUAAGAACAUAAAGUGAAGGUAGAAAGAGACAAUAAAAUAUAAGAGUGAAAACUCUGCAGUGA